AUGGCGGCAGAUCAGGGAGGACCCAAUGCCAAUGGCGCCAACGCGCAGCCGGUUUCCAGGGAAAAGAUCCUUCAUGCUUUGGCUUCGUUGAUGGCCAACAAGGAUGCUGCAUACGUAGCAGGGGUACGCAGCCGUGCUGCGAAGGGGAAUUUGCAGAUCAAAGGUCAGAGCAUCACCGAGGACAUCGUGGAUGAAGCCCUGACGCGCCUUCCAAAGGCGGAAGAGAAACCCAAGCCGGCAGUGGAGGUCACUCCGGCUGCAACCGGCGCUCGCUGGACACCCUCCUCGGCCUCCAUCGCCUCCAUUGUCAGCAAGGCCCUCAUGGAGUGCGAGGAUGCGGAGCAGUACAUGGAGCGCAUCAAGGUCGUGGGAGAAUCCAAGGUGCCAGUGUUACCAAAGCCGGAUGUGACCACCACGCCCACUGGGGAAUUCCUCUGUGCAGAGGAGUGGGCAGAGACCGUGGCACGGAUGGUGAAUCGGAAGGAUGGCCGUGUGUACGUGCGCCUGCAGAACUACAGCGGCUGGGUAUCCUCAAGGUCCCGGAAUGACUACAACAAGGUCGUCCUGGACGUGGAGGAAGGAAGACCUUCCCUGGAGCCAGGUAGCGCCCAAGUCAUCGCCACAAGCAGGGCCAUGCGCCUGUUGCCACACAUGACACAGGACGGCUACCAGACCUCCAACACCAGCGGCACAAAGGUCCGCCGCUUCCGGACAACGGUGAUGGCGCCGAUUCUACAGUCUGCAGAUU